AUGGAUUUCGAAAUACCUAAAGAAAUAAACAAUUUAAGUCCAAUAGAUUUUACAAUUAAAAUAAUAAAUUACGAAGAAUUCGAGUUUGCCAGUAUGAUACCUUCCAUCGAAGAACCAUAUGUAGCAAUAUUUCGCGGUGAAAAAUUGAUUUAUCUAAACAGUUUCGAAAAUAUUCGCAGUGGUCUUCUUAACCUAGUUUUAUCACUUAGAUAUUCACGAGUUAAGGAAAAAAAGCAAGAACAGCUAAAUGCAAUUAAUAAUUAUAGUUAUUUCGUUUAUUAUGGGCAUACAAUACCUAUGGAAUAUGAAAAUAUGGCCUCUGUAUACCGAUUCAGGCGUAAAUUUUACUAUGUGCCAUCUACAGAAACAAAAUUACAAUUUUAUUAUUCACCAACAAACAAUUUAUCGACAAAAAGCGAUUACCAAACAAUGACACAGUUUGUUGAAGCAAAUUCUGGAAAUUUUAGGUUCACUCCUGGAUGUGUUUUUGCAAUUGUUUCAGAUUCUUAUAAACCUGAAUUUCCUGACUACAUAAAUGCCUUGGACAAUCAAUAUCAAGGUCAUAUAUAUACAACUAUUCUAUCUUGGAACGAUUUCGAGCCAUACAGAAAGAUUGCAAAUGUAAGUCGUUCAGAAACAUCUUAUUUCCUGUUAAAAAUCGGUAACAACACGAUGAAUGUCUGGAUGUGCCCUGAUGAAGAUGUUAUAUCUAAAGAAAGGAUACUUUUCUUCGUAAAUAACGGAGUUACAUUAGAUUUUAAUCAUUUGAUCUUGAAUUCAACGAGUAUACCUGGCUCAUUAGUUAAACAUACUUAUAACAUCUCAAAUGAUAUACCAGGUAACUAUUGUUCCGUUUUAUUUGCAAAUUAUUACAAUUCUUGGAGUAAUACAAAAGUUGAGCUGACUUUUUACGAAGUAGCAAGGAAAGUAAGACGUAAAGACGUGAAAUUCUUCGGAUCAAUGCAAGGAAUGAAAUUAUUCCCUUGGUACGUUCCUGAUUUUGAUUUGUUCCCAAGUUUUGCAAUUUGGAAGCCAAAUGACCAUAGGCCGUUUAGAUAUGAUAAGAAAAUAUCUGUUGAUGAUGUAGUUAAAUGGAUUAACGAACUCUGUCCAGAAUAA